AUGAAAACUAACUUAGGGAGUUUGGGCCCUGGGAAGGGAAGCUAGCCUGUUAGAAGCCUACCUGUGGCAGUGUAACGCUGUUCUUUGUGUUCUUUUCUCAGCGCUCAACCACCUGUGGAAGGUCCUGACCAGAUUGAAUCAAAAAAGCAAAAAACAGAUUACGCCAUCUCUGAGCGUAAAGAGGAAGUUGAAGAAGUUUCUGCUGCAGUGAAGUUGCCAGCCAAGGCAAAACAUGAAUGCCAGAAGGCUUCAGUCUGCAAUGCCGAUGGGAUCUCAGAGUCUGCAGAAGAGACUCAGUCCACUUCUUCUAAGCCUUCAUUUACAAGACAAAGAGGUUCUACUCCAGAAGUAGAAAUGCUACAAAUUGAUAAAAUGCCUUGUGAAACCAGUACUUGCUUGAAAGAGGAAACACUAUCCCUUUCUCAAAAGACACUUCCAUCUCUGAGCACAAGCAGGAAGGGCGAACACCAUGUCAGAUCUGCUUCAGACACCAUCUUAACACUGAGGCUGCCCAUUAAGGAGCACACAGUGCCAGAAACUGCGACUUCAGAAGUCAGCAAAAUGGGGAGGCUUUUCUGUACUGCUGAAGAGGAUGUUCAGCGAGAAGAAAAGGAGAGAUACAAACAACUCUUGAAACUACUGAAGAAAAACUAUUCUAGAAGCCACCCUAAUCCACAGCUGUCAAACUUACACAAUGUUCAAGCCUAUGCCAAGGAACCAGUGAUGACUGUGAGUCACCUGGAAGAACAAAAGUGCUCGGAAGAUGCCUAUUCACAUGUGACACUAAGGACCAGUAUCCAAUGUGCAGAUGUUUGCAGCCCACAGUUGCCUCAGAGAAACAAUUUGAUCAGGUACUACGCUCUACAAAAAAACUGUAACGAACAGAGAAGACCAGCAGAGAAACAGUGUGAAGCUCCAGUCUCAGAAGAUACGUUUUUCAAUUUACAUCUGGCACCUGUUCUAUCCAAAAAGUCGUUUACCCUCAAUGUGGAAGAGAAGAAAUCGCCAAGACCAGAAAAACCAGUGGAACAGUUUUCUCUGCUCACAGAGGCCAUGGAGAGAGAGAUCAUGGCUGCAUUUGAUGAAGGUGAACCAGAUGAGGUCAUGAGUAGUGCCUUCAGACUAAAGAUCACUCGUGAGGACAUCCACACGCUAAAGAACCUUAACUGGCUAAAUGAUGAGAUUAUUAAUUUCUACAUGAACCUUGUGAUGGAAAGAAAUAAGAAGGAAGAAUAUCCAUCAGUCCAUGCUUUUAGUACUUUCUUUUAUCCCAAACUAAUCUCUGAGGGCUACAGGGCAGUAAGACGAUGGACCAGAGGUGUGGAUCUCUUCAAGCAGGACCUCAUCUUUGUGCCCGUUCACUUGAGAAGGCACUGGACGCUAGUG